AAAGCAAAAUGGCGUUGGAGUAACCGCCGCCGCCGCCGUGAGGAGAAAGACUUGUUGGGGGCUCCUGGGGGGCCGCCGAGGGCCACGGACACGGACAGGGCGAGGGCGGGAGGAGCAUCCCUUUCCCCUCCCCCCCCUCCCUAUCCACCACCACCACCCACCCGGACACUCACGGCACAGACCGGCUCCGGCCUCAGUCUGUAUGUAAAAGGAGCGAUUUCACGGCUGGGACGGGCUGAGGUAGUCUGGAAAGGUAUGAUUAAAUUCAACAAGUGUUAUGCUUAGCACGUGGCGUUUUUUUUUCAUGAGUUGAUGAUGACAUUUUCCUGAUGGACAGAGAUACGACGGGAGCAGGUAACUCAUCUCUCCACAAACGAUCUCCCUCCCGCCGAAAUCAGAAGACACCAGUGUCCUCUGUUCACCUGUCAUUGCGGGAUGGACCAAAAGGCAAACAAACUGUAUGCAAGUUUGAGGAAGGUCAAGAUGUCCUAGCCCGGUGGUCAGAUGGCUUAUUUUACCUUGGAACAGUCAAAAAGGUGAACAAACAGAAAGAGAGCUGCUUUGUCAUCUUUGAAGACAGUUCAAAGUCUUGGGUCUUGUGGAAAGACAUACAGACUGGGGCCAGUGGAAGUGGAGAGAUGGUUUGUACCAUAUGCCAGGAGGAAUACUCGGAAGCACCCAAUGAGAUGGUCAUUUGUGACAAGUGUGGACAAGGUUAUCAUCAGAAAUGUCACAUUCCUAACAUCGACUCGAGUGUGAUUGCAUCAGAUGCCAAAUGGCUGUGCCGUCAAUGUGUCUUUGCUACAACCACAAAAAGGGGUGGUGCUCUUAAGAAGGGACCAAAUGCCAAAGCCCUGCAGGUCAUGAAGCAGACGUUACCAUACCAAUUGGAGGACCUUCAAUGGGAUCUAGGCCACAAAACUAAUCACCAACAAUGUUACUGCUACUGUGGAGGACCUGGGGAUUGGUAUCUGAAAAUGCUGCAGUGCUGGAGAUGUAAACAGUGGUUCCAUGAAGCCUGUAUACAAUGCUUACAGAAGCCUAUGCUUUAUGGAGACAGGUUCUAUUUAUUUAUUUGUUCUGUUUGCAAUUCUGGACCAGAAUACCUCAAACGUCUACCUUUGCGGUGGGUUGACAUAGCACAUUUAAGCCUUUACAACCUAAGUGUUAUCCACAAAAAGAAGUAUUUUGAUUCAGAGCUUGAAUUGAUGACUUACAUUAAUGAAAACUGGGACAGGCUGCAACCUGGUGAGCUUAUAGAUACUCUAAAAACCGAACGAUAUGACCAUAUUCUGGAAGCACUAAAUGAGAAUAAGUGCAUGUUUAUGUCUGGGAAAGAAAUCAAGAAGAAGAAACAUUUGUUUGGAUUGCGAAUUCGGGUUCCUCCCAUUCCUCCGAAUACUGCUUUGAAGACUGAGGAAAGCAACGAGGAAGUUUCUCAUGAAUUUAAAAUUAAAGGAAGGAAGUCUAGUAAAUCUACUGUUCUCCCUGUAUCCAUAAGAAGUUCAUUGAGCAAUGGCAUUGAAAAAAAAGGAAAGAAAAAAUGUUCAGUUGACCUGGCUGAACAAUACACAAAAUUGAAGAAGGUUCGGAGAUUUUCUGACACAACUGUGGAGAGUGAGAAGAGUAACCAAAGUUACUGUAAUUUUCAGGACCAAUCCACAGUACUGGAUACGCUUGCCUUGGAUCUCCCAGGUCCCAAAAGGAGACUUGUUGAAAAAACUGCACAGUCUUCUAAUACCUCUGAUGUAGAAUCCAUAGGUGCUGCUAGCACUGCAGAAACUACCUCAACUAGUGUGUCUCGGCAGUCCAGUCUUUCUGGUCCAAGACGGAGAACUCGCACUGGUAGAUCUUGGCCAUUAACACUGCAGCGUUUAAAAAAGAGACGAGGCCGCACUUCGACGAGAACGUUUCAGCCCCAGACCUCAGAAAGUGGCAAUGAUAAUGAAGAAAAGGAUGAUUGUCAGUAUGAAGGACUAGACCCAGAGAUCAUAGACAUCAAUGAUCAGGACAUGCACCUAAAUCAUUUGAAAUCGUCAAUAACCAACUAUUUUGGCGCUGCAGGAAGACUUGCCUGUGGUGAAAAAUAUCGAAUCUUGGCACGUCGAGUGACUCUGGAUGGCAAAGUGCAGUACCUUGUGGAAUGGGAAGGAAUAACUGCAUCCUGAUUCCUAGUAAUGUUCCAGUUUCUCUUAGAAGCUUAGUUUAUAUUGUGAACUCUUAAAUCUUUUAAGCCUAAUUUUCAGACAAACCGUAAAGUUUACUUAUUGUAUUUCUUUGCUUAUGUGUUUCUAGUAAACUUUAUCCCUAUGCAACUGAACAUUAAACCCUGGGAGUGGGUAAUUUUGAGUGUUAAACUAAUUAGCCAUAAUUUUACAAGUUUUCAGGAACCAUUUGCAAUAUUUUACAGUGACUCACUCAGGCUUGAUCUCAGCAUUUUGGUGCUACUUACAACUGUGUACCUAACGUGAUGCCUGCAGAGACUAAUUGAUCUGUAGGUCUGUACCAAAAUUAAGUUGUGUAAAUUUUUUAUAUUGUCUGUAGAGCCGGUAGAUGUUUUCAGAUUUUUUUAAAUGUAUUGAAUUCACAGGGUGAACAGAGUAUUGCCUCUUGAUGUGGCAGUACUCUACCUUAUUGAUCACACUGAUACCUCUGGAAUUUUAAAAAUGUUACCAAGGAUUGUUUUCAACUGGCAACUUUUUGUAAUGCUAGUGUAAGCAAAUGUGUUAGUUAUUGCCAUUUGUUUUUAAAGGUUGUGAAAUGGGCUGAUGUAGCCAAAGAAUAAACAGUGAAAUGCA